ACAACUCUUCAACUUCUCUCUUUCUUUCUUACCAUUUCUCAUUUCCAUCAGCCAUCCUCACCGGAUUUUGUGACUGGGGAGGUUUCAAAAUGAGUUUGUGUUCUAAAGAAGCUGAUUUGGUAGUAAUAGAUGAAGAAGAUGAAUCAGGAACUGUGUGUUUACAUGCGUAUUCAGAUUUAACUUAUGUGUCACCACUUGUUUUCUUGUAUCUUCUCAAAGAAUGUUAUAAACAUGGAAGUUUGAAAGCAACUAAAAAGUUCCAAGCUUUACAGUAUAGAGUUCAUCAAGUUCUUGCUAAUAAACCUCAGCCAGGACCUGCUACUUUCAUUGUUCAGUGUCUUACUGUUCUUCCUAUGUUUGGUGUGUAUGGUGAAGGGUUUAGUCAUUUGGUUAUAUCAGCUCUUCGUCGUUUCUUUAAAUCGGUAUCUGAACCAACAAGUGAAGAUGAUAUGUCUUUGGCGAGAAAGCUAGCUGCUCAGUUCUUCCUUGAUACUGUUGGAGGUUCUGUAGCUUAUGAUGAGAAGGUGAUGUUGCAUACUCUUAGAGUGUUUGAUGUCGGGUUAACUAGCAUCGAUGAAGCCUUGUCUAUGUCGGGAGUUUGGUGUGGACAUGGGUUUGCUUGUGGAAGUGCGUUUCUGGAACAGUACAUUUCGGAUUUGAUCAAGUCAAAAUCUUUCAUGACGGCUGUGUCUUUGUUAGAGCAUUUCUCUUUUCGUUUCCCUGGAGAAACGUUUCUUCAACAAAUGGUUGAGGAUAAAGACUUUCAAGCUGCAGAGAAAUGGGCUACCUUCAUGGGAAGGCCUAGUUUAUGCAUUCUUGUCCAAGAAUAUGGUUCAAGGAAUAUGUUAAAGCAGGCGUAUAAUGUUAUAAAGAAGAACUAUCUCCAGCAUGAGUUUCCGGAAUUGUGUUACAAGUGUAGAGAAAGUGCAAUGAAGGAUCUGGCAGAAAAAGCAUUGUGGGAUGUUGCUGAGAAUAUGGCAAAAGGUGAUAGACAGCUUCUUGAGUAUCUGGUAUACUUGGCAAUGGAAGCUGGGUACUUGGAGAAGGUUGAUGAACUGUGUGGUCGAUAUUCACUUGCUGGUCUGCAAAAAGCACAAGAGGCUGAGGUUUCUUUUCUUGAAAAAAGCUUUUUGCGUCUCAACGAUCUAGCUGUGGAAGAUGUAGUCUGGGUUGAUGACGUUAAUGAGCUGCGAAAAGCAACUUCUUUUCUUGAAGGAUGUAGAGUUGUGGGUAUUGACUGUGAAUGGAAACCCAUUUAUAUCAAAGGCUGUAAACCGAGUAAGGUUUCAAUCAUGCAAAUUGGAACUGAUAGCAAAAUUUUCAUAUUGGACUUGAUAAAGCUUUACAAUGAUGCCUCUGAAAUUCUGGACCACUGCCUUGGUCAAAUUUUGCAAUCGUAUAGUAUACUGAAGCUCGGUUACAAUUUUCAAUGUGACAUCAAGCAGUUGGCCCUUUCAUAUGGAGAUCUGGAAUGUUUCAAGCACUAUGACAUGUUGUUAGACAUUCAAAAUGUUUUCAAAGAAUCAUGUGGUGGUCUAGCAGGACUAACGAAGAAAAUAUUGGGAGUGUCUUUGAACAAAACAAGACGCAACAGUGACUGGGAACAAAGGCCUUUGACUCAGAAUCAGCUAGAGUAUGCUGCUCUUGAUGCUGCAGUGCUGAUUCACAUAUUUCGUCAUGUUCGCGAUCAUCCUCCACAUGAAAGUAGUUUAGAGACAGUCCAGUGGAAAUCUCACAUUGUCUCCCACAUGGAUAAUUCGAAGAAGCUGAAGAAGCCGAAGAAGUGGAAGAAGAAGCCUAAGUGCCAUUCCACACAAACAUUAGCUUCGACAUUUUAACAAGCCAUCAGAAUUGAAAAGCAAGGAGAAAGUGUGUAAAUAUUCGUUCAAACUCUAAAAUGAAAAUACACAUGUAACAGUAGCUCUUCUAUGUAGGAUUUGAAUUCAAGAAA